GUACUUUAAUAAAUAAUCAAUGUGUGAAAUACAAGAAGAGUUUACGGAAAAACAGUAUUUAUUUUGUAAUAGUAUAACCUGUAAUAAUUACCAGCGACGUACAGAUUAUAUUUGUUAAAUAUUAAUGUUACAAAAUGGUACAAAACAUAGCUCAUGAUUUGACUGCUAAAGAGCGCACAGCUGAUAUUGAAAUAGAUGAAAAUGUAACAUUUCAUGAAAUGGGUCUAUCCCAAAGGGUCUUAGAUGGUCUUUUAACUUGUGGCUUUUAUAAGCCUUCGCCAAUUCAAUUUAAAUCCAUACCAUUGGGAAGAUGCGGAUUCGAUCUGAUUAUAAGAGCAAAAUCAGGAACUGGCAAAACAGCCGUCUUUGGAGUAAUAGCGUUAGAUAUGAUAGAUAUUGAAAUAAACUGUAUUCAAGUAUUAAUUUUAGCUCCUACGAGAGAAGUGGCCAUUCAAAUAAAAGAAGUAUUAACAGCCCUUGGUUGUAAAAUAAAAGGAUUAAUAGUGGAGUCAUUUAUUGGUGGCUCUACGAUAGAAUCGGAUAGAAAAAAACUUUCCAAUUGUCACAUAGCAGUAGGUGCACCCGGUAGAGUUAAACAUUUAAUAGACAAAGGUUAUUUGAAAGUGGAUCAUACUCGUUUAUUUAUACUCGACGAAGCCGAUAAAUUAAUGGAAGAUAGUUUUCAAAAGGAUAUCAAUUACAUCUUCUCAAUACUUCCAUUGAAUAAACAAGUAAUUUCAUCGAGUGCAACGUAUCCCGGAAAUUUAGAAGUUUUUUUACAAUCGUAUAUGCAAACACCCAUGUUAUCCACAGCAGACAACGAUGAACCUAUACUUAUAGGAUUGAAACAAUUUGUUUCAGUAAUUGCGAGUCAUCCUAAUGCAAUGAGACAAGUUCAAAUAAAAAUAGAGGAAUUAGUCAAAAUAUUUAAGAAUGUACCAUUUAAACAAUGUCUUGUAUUUACAAAUUAUCAAACCAGGGCUCAAUCAAUUUCCAAUACAAUAAAUUCUUUAGGAUUCUCCUCUAAUUAUAUUAUCGGUAAUCAGAAUAUGGAUAAGCGAAUUGAUACAAUAAACAAAUUGAAACAUUUUAAAUGCAAAAUUCUAUUAACAACGGACUUAACAGCAAGAGGCAUAGAUGCAGAAAAUGUUAAUUUAAUAGUUAAUUUAGAUAUUCCAAUUGACAGUGCAACGUAUCUGCAUAGAAUUGGAAGGGCUGGUCGUUAUGGCUCUCAUGGAUUAAUAAUUAAUAUUAUUUCACAAAAAGAAUUAAAUAAAUUUAAAAAUCUUUUAUUGAGUGUUGGGGGAAAACAGUUUUCAAUUAAUAAAUUGAUGAAGAAAUAUCCAGAUAAUAUUUGGACUGCCGAUGAUAGUACAUUUGAUAAAAUACAAGCUGCACAAGAGACAAUCGAUAAUAAGAUUUGUGUGGAAAAAGUUGAUAUAGAGGGAAUAAAUGAAGUCUCGUCGUCCGAUGAAGAUUUUGUGGAUAUACAAUGUAUUCAAUUGCCAAGUGAAAAAUCUUAUCUAAAUCAUAUAACUGAGACUACUGACGUUGAGAGCAAUAGUCAAGUAGACGAGGGUUUAGAAUUGAAAGAAUAUUUUAGAGAAAACAAUCUAUGUGAUGUUAGUGUAAAAGUAUCGGACGAACCAACUACUUUAGAAAUAUUAAAUGGUUGCAAACACGUUGCCAUAAAUUUAAAUAAAGUGUUAGACAAUGAUUCAUGUGAAACAGUGGAUAUGAAUGAACUAAUGGAUAUUAAAGAAUCAUUAAAAGUGAAUUUUAUAAAAAGAGACAACUCAUCCAGUAAUAAUUCAGAAUUAGAUUUUGAUAAAAAAUCAGCCGAUACUAUAAUUAGUCCUGAAGUAAAUAUUCAAAAGAUAAUUGAAGAAAGUAAAAUUCAUUUUAAACAUGAUGUUUUUGAAAGCGAGGAAUUUCAAAUACUUAAAAAAUUCAAUGUAAAUAUGAAUAAAACGCUGGCUAAUGAUAAAAUUUUAGAAGAUACAUCUUAUCAAGCAUAUUGUUGGAAAAAUAAACUCACUCAUGAAAUGAUCUUAUUGGAAUUAAUGUUACCAAAAAAUGUCAAAUCAAUUUCUGUAAUUAAUUUUUAUACUGCAUUGCGUAUGUUUUAUAAUUUACAAAAGAAAGCUCUUUUGUGCAUUUAUCCUGAAAUUCGAGAUGAUAAUGAAAUGAAAGAAGCUUCUUUAAACGCUGAGGAUACGUUGAACAAAAGUCUUCAAAUAUACCAGGGAAGAGAUGUUCUUAAAACUGAGUAUAAUUUGUUAAGCGAAGAAAAAUUUGAGUUUUAUUAUCCUUAUUCAACGGAUAUUCGUAAUCCAUUACCGAAUCUAUUGAUAAGUUGCAAUGAACUUUCUCAAUAUAUAAAUGCUGUUAAUUAUUUGCAGUCUAAUAAAGAUAUGUUUAAAAUAUGGUAUAGAAAGAGACGCUUAUUAUGCCUAAUGGACAAUGACGCAAAGGAAAUAUUAAGUGAAAGAAUUGAAAAUAAUCACAAGGUCAAUUACGAUGAAUUAGCUAAAAUUAUAUCCGGUACAGUAAUUAAAAAGAAUUCUAGUUCAUCGACUUGUAAAGAUAGCAGCUCCGUUUCGGAAAUAGUUCCAACGCAUGCAGAUAACGGUUUGCAAUCAAAAGUUUGUAAAUUUCGAGAAAAAAAUGAAAAACAAUCUCAAUUUACUCCAUUAAUAGCGAGUAAUAUAUCGUAUAACAAUUUUAAUCAAAGUUAUUUCAAUGGCAACAUUGAAAGAGUAGAUAAAAUGGCGAAUAAUGCUGAAUCGGAGGAAACGAUAGACGAUUUAGAAUGUAAUAAUUCAUUCGAGUCACAGGCAUCGUCAAAUGCAUUUAAUUUUAAGAAUUAUAACAAGAUAGGUAAUAACAUGAAUGUCGAAUCGUCAAAUCAAUUUUCCAACACAUUUCAAUCGAUACAAAAUAACGUUAUGGUUCAUGAUAAUUACCAAGAUGCAUGUAACAGUAUGAAUCACGUUUGCUAUGGUAAUUCUAAUUAUUGUGAUUUUGUAAAUAAUGACAAUAGUGAAGUAGAAGAGUUUUUUAUAAAUUUAAGGCAACAGACAAAUCAAAUACAUUUGCAAGAAUAUUAUUAUCACAUAUUUGAAAUGCUUAUGAUCAUUAAUUGA